UUCUUCAGACAAGAUUCGGACAACUCGUUUGAUUUCAUCUUUGAUCACCAUACUGGCUAAUAUUUAGUCUACACAUUCCGCGAGAAACACCAUGGACCCCAAUAUCCAGCAACUGCUCGGCCUACAAGCUGUGCGCGACCGUGCCCGCACUGUCCUUAGCCUCGCCGAACAAGGCAAGCUGCACCACUACGACUACCACCCUGAGCGGCUCGAUGCGACGGUUGACUAUGUCGUGGGCAUAAUCCAGCGCGACUUCGGUCCGGACCGCUACGACCAGAUCCCUCCCCACGGUCGCUGGCAGCACUUCGACGUCGGCGGCGUACCUCGGAUACAAAAACUGAUCGAGCGGUGGGAUGCCUCAGGAUACGAUGACAAGGAAAAAGUGCGGAGUCUGUUGGAUCUGUUCUUCGUGUCGGUGCUACUGGAUGCCGGGGCGGGAGAUACUUGGAAGUUCCGGGAACCUGAAACCGGGGCCGUAUUCAACCGCAGCGAGGGAAUUGCGGUCGCAUCGCUUUAUAUGUUCUUGAAUGGGGAUUUCGCCAAUAAAGGUUCGGAGAGGAAGGAUGUGGUGCAUGGAGAGGCUCUACGAACUCUCGGAGUGGAUAUACUCUGUCGCGGUUUUCAAGUCGAUGAAAGCAAUCCGCUCGUGGGAGCUGCUGCUCGGGUGGAGAUUCUUCAGCGACUGGGUGAAUCGUUGACCAAGCUCUCGGAUAUCUUUGGGCCCUCUGGCCGGCCUGGCCACAUUGCAGACUACCUUCUCGCUACGAGCAACGGCAAAGACCUCGACUACUCCCUCCUCUGGGAAGUCCUCCAGAAAACCCUCAUCCCCAUCUGGCCCUCCGACCGAACCAAAGUCUCCGGUCACCCUGUUGGCGACGCCUGGCCGCUCGCCGUGCUGGCCGAACAUUCCCAGGCUUCAGAGACAUCUGCAAUUCAACCCUUCCACAAGCUGACACAGUGGCUUGCAUACUCUCUCAAAGUCCCAUUUGAGCGCCUCCUCUCUGUGAAGUGGAAGAACGCUGAGCUGGGAACGGGUCUCCCUGAGUACCGCAACGGAGGGUUAUUCGUAGACAUGGGGGUAUUGACGCUGAAGCCGGAGGCGUUGGAACGGGGGCUGCGUAUUUCCGGAGAAAGCCUGCCGUGCUUUGCGGUCGGAGAUGGGGAAAUUGUCGAGUGGCGAGCUAUGACUGUUGCGUUGCUCGAUGAGCUGCACAGACGCAUUAUUCAGGGUGGGAAAUUCGGGGAUGUACGGUUGACGUUGCCGCAGAUGUUGGAAGCUGGAUCUUGGAAGGCGGGACGGGAAUUGGCUGCGGAGAAAAGACCUACGACGAAGUCGAGUCCGAUUCUGAACUCUGGUGAUGGCACUUUGUUUUAAUCUGUUAAUAGUCAAGAAAGAGUUCUGAGUUCGAUAUGGCUGUGUAUGAUGCUUAGUAGG